AUGACGUGCUCUUCUGCAUUACAUAGAGAGUGGAUGCCUUCAUUGGAGCAUCAGUGCAAAGAUGUUUCACCUCAUGCAGAGUGUGCUUGGCAGCUGCAGGGUCCAGAUGAUAAGCAGUGGAAUUUGUUUUCUCCAGUGGCAGCACAUGGGAUUGUGGCUGGUUUCCUGGCAGGCUUUUCAGUCUCCUGGCUAGCUGUAGUGCCAGGUGAUGAUGUAUAUACACCUGAGGAUAUUGCCAGACAAAUUGGCGUGGAUGUGGAAAAACCUUUCGAAUACAGUGAUACCUGGGAAAAGCCAAUUUCUGUAACUACAUCACCUGGCCUUCAGCAUCCUCCUAUACCUCCUGUCAAGCCUACACAAAUGCGAAGAAAACCUCUGCCUCCAAACACAGUGACUGGUAAACCAGGGAGUCCAGCUAAACCCGCUGGACCAACAACACCUGUGAGGACAGGAACAUCAUAUAAGACGCCAACAGCUUUUGCAACUCCAGAGUACUAUGUUGAUGCAACUGUCUUCAGCUCAAGUCCUACAUCAGAAACAGAUUCUUCAGGCAAACCAAGGUACCAAGCCCCCCAUGUCAAGUACAUGAAGAAAGAUGAUGAUGUGCCUUGCUCUAUCACAAGCUCUCUUGAACAUUUUCCUCAAGAAGAAGCUGGCAGCAAGGAAGAACCUACUCAUCCUCCACAAAAUCCUCCAACCAACCUCACAGUGGUGACUGUUGAGGGCUGUCCAACUUUCGUCAUAUUGGACUGGGAAAAACCAGACAAUGACACUGUUACUGAGUAUGAGGUCGUGUCAACUGAAAAUGGAGCAAGUGAUGGUGAAAAGGAGAAAUCGAUUAUCACUACAAAUCAAACCCAUUCUACUGUGGAAAACCUAAAACCUGACACAAG